AUGCCUAUUGUUCGAGCAUUUGAAUCUGCUUCUGUAAGCAUCCUCCUUAACAAGUUGGCCACUCAAGAUGUCAUAAAUUUCUUCCUCAAGUGGGGAAUCGAUGACUCGCUGCGAGCAAAGCUCAAGAGCAACCUGCUUGUCAUUCAUGCAGUUCUCAAUCAUGCUGAGGAGAAGCAAGUCCAGGACUUGAGUGUCAAAGCUUGGCUUGAGGAUGUCAGAGUUGCAGCUUAUGAUGCUGAGGACAUAUUGGAUGAUAUCGCGAAUGAUGCCCUCGAAUCACAAAACAGCAAACAUGAGGUAUGGAUUUCUAAGAUCAAAGAAGGGAUAGACUUUAAAAUCAAAGACAUUGCUGAUACUCUUAAUCCUUUUAGAGAACGUGUAGAGUCGAAAAUGAUAAAGAUUAUAGAUAUUUUGGAAGAGCUUGCAAAACAGAAAGAUAUUCUUUGUUUGAGAGAAGAUUCUGGAGGUGUAAAAUCAGGGUUUGAAAGAUCACCCACAACAACGAUGUUGGGUGAUGAAUCUCAUAUUUAUGGUAGGGAAUUUGAUAAGGAGGAGAUAAUUACUUUGCUGAAGUUGGGUGAAAGUGAUGAUGAGGUUUCUAUUAUUCCAAUUGUAGGCAUGGGGGGCAUUGGGAAGACCACACUUGCUCAGCUUGUGUAUAAUGAUGUUAAUGUAAGUAGCAAGUUUGAUUUGAAAGCUUGGGCGUGUGUCUCUGAUGUGUUUGAUGUGCAAAGGAUAACAAAAGCACUUGUUGAGUCCGCGACUAAAGGAAGUUGUAGCACAAACAAUUUGGAGUUACUUCAAGAACAACUGAAAAAGUGGUUGAAGAACAAGAAAUUUCUUUUUGUUCUGGAUGAUGGCUGGAACGAGAAGUAUGAAAGCUGGGAUAAGUUAAGAGUCCCCUUCACAGUUGGUGCACUAGGGAGUAAAAUUAUAAUCACGACACGAAGCAAAACAGUUGCAUCACUUAUGGGGACUGUUCCUACUUACUGUUUGGAGGGGCUUUCAGAUGGUGAUUGUUGGUUACUAUUUGAACAAAUUGUUUUUCGGAACAGGAAUUUAGAUUCCUAUCCAAAGUUGAAAGUGAUCGGCAAGAAAAUAGUAGACGAGUGUAAAGGGUUGCCUUUGGCUGCAAAGGCACUAGGAGGCCUCCUGCGUGCCGAACCAGAACUUGAUGAGAAUUACUGGAAUGAUAUCUUGAAUAGCAAAAUUUGGAAGCUGGCAGACAACAAUAUUUUACCAGCUCUAAGAUUAAGCUACCAUCACCUCCCUGAGGAUUUGAAGCGGUGCUUUGCUUAUUGCUCAAUGUUUCCUAAGGACUAUGAAUAUGACAGAGAGAUGCUGAUCUUGUUAUGGAUGGCAGAGGGUUUUGUGCCAGAGCCAGAAGGAAAUCAGCAAAUCGAAGAUGUAGCAAGAAGAUAUGUUUCAGAUUUUUUAUCAAGGUCCUUCUUCCAACACACCAAUGACAAGUUACGACUGGUAAUGCAUGACCUCAUACAUGAUCUUGCACAAUCUGUGUCUGGAAAAACAUUUGUUAGGUUGGAGGAAAAUACAGAGAAUCAUAACAAGUCUACAAAAGCUCGGCACUUAUCAUAUACUCGUGGAUUUAAUGAUGUAUUUCAGAAAUUCGAGGCUUUCAGUAAUGUGGAUUGUUUACGGACCUUUCUACCAUUAGACCCGUUGCAAGGAUUUUCUAUGGGUAGCUUGACUGACAAGGUUCCUUGUGAUAUGAUGCCAAAAUUAAGAUUCUUGCGGGUGCUAUCCUUUAGUGGUUAUCUCAUAGAAAAGUUGCCAGAUUCAAUUGGCAGUUUGAAACAACUACGGUACCUCAAUCUUUCUCAUUGUCAAAUAGAAGAGCUACCUGAGUCAACAAGCAGUCUAUACAAUCUGCAGACAUUACUUUUAUUCAGAUGUUGUUCGCUUACCAGGCUGCCUGCAAACAUGGGAAACCUAAGGAAUUUACGGCAUCUCAAUAUUGAGGGAACUAAGCUGAAAAGUAUGCCUUUGGGAAUGGGAAGAUUGAUUAACCUUCAAAUACUGUCAGAUUUCAUUGUGGGGAAAGCCAUGGGAAAGGGGAUUGCAGAAUUCAAGGACUUGUCACAUCUUCGAGGAUCCAUUUCUAUUUUGUGUUUGCAUAAUGUCGACAGUGUUAGAGAUGCAAUUGUGGCCAGAUUGAAGGAUAAGAAGCACCUGGAUGAUUUGGUUUUGGAAUGGAGCAGCAGUAGUGAUGGUUCACGAAAUGAAGGGAUCGAGACAGAAGUACUUGAUGCACUGCAGCCUCAUGAAAAUCUGAAGAAACUCACCAUCAAGUAUUAUGGAGGUACUGAAUUCCCAUAUUGGAUGGGAGAUCCUUUCUUCACUAACAUGGUGUACUUACAUCUCUAUGGUUGCGCAAAAUGCACAUCGUUACCACCCCUUGGCCAACUACCUUCUCUUAAAGAUCUCAUACUUGAAGCAAAGCAUGGAAUAAAACAUGUAGGAAUCGAAUUUUUUGUGGAUGAUGAUGGUUCCAGAAUCUGUUUCCCCUCUUUGGAGACUUUGAAAUUUGAGGACAUGGAAGAAUGGGAGGAAUGGUCUUCAGAUGAAAGGCGUAAAGAAUUUCCCAGCCUUCGGGUGCUUUGCAUUUUCAGAUGUCCCAAGUUAACAAAGUUUUCACAUGGAUUUGCCUCUCUAGAAAAGCUGCGCAUCAGGAAGUGCGGAGCACUGACUACCUUCUCACAGAACCCUGCACUUGGGAAUUUGGAACCUGUAGAUUUCCGUAGCCUGCAACUGCUUGUUCUUGUUGGUUGUGGUGAGCUUGAAAACCUUCCUUUUUCCCUCCCUUCGUUGAAAGUGCUUGAGAUAGAUGGUUGCGAAAUACUGGCUGCACUUCCAAGGAUGGUGGAACUUAGCACAAUGUACCUGAUGGAUUCAAAUGCUGAAUUACUUGGAUGGAUGAUGAGAUUCAGCUCGCUGACCUCUCUUCACCUAACUCAUAUUCCACAUGUGAAGUGUCUACCUGAAGGCUUUAUCCAACAGUCUGAAAAACUUGAAGAACUGAGUCUUUCAGGCUUUCCUGACCUUGAAUAUUUGUUGAUAAGCUUCCACCUGUACUUCAAUAUUUGGAUUUGA